UGAGUAGAGGCCGUGUUGAAAUGACGUGUUAUUUUGUGUCGUCUGCUUGUUCGUUCAGUAUAAUUUGAGAGAGAAUAUAUUUUUCUUUUCUCAUCACCGUGUGUCUGUGUAUCUUCUUCCAAUUUUUCUCCACUGCCUUAUAUGCUUCCACAGCGGAAAAUAUAGCAAAUGUACCAUUCAAGGCACGGCAAAUAGUGAAAUUGUGAUACUGUCGUGUCGAUUUUUGUCUGGGAAUAAGCGUGAUUGGUGUGCAGUGAAGCAAUUAUUUCACACCGUUUAGUUUCGUGUUGUGGCAUUUAUGAAAAGCUUUAUAGGUGCAGUGACCUUAAAACAGUGUGUGAUGUAAGCAAACCUCGAAUACAUACUUCUAAGAAAUAUCAAUAAAGUGCACAAAGAAGAAAAAGAAGGUGAAGUAAAGAGGAAACGAGAAGUGCCUUAAACGGGAGAAGAGAAAUUCAUCACUGGCAUACCGCUGAGCUGAGGAAGGGUCACGGUAGUGAACCGAGACGAAGAAACGAAGCACAAACAAGUACCCAAGGAUACUAGUUUUACUGGCACUGUCUGUUCCAGACGGGUUCCGGAAGCGAUGAUACACGUAGGAGACAACACAUGGAACCUGCGGGUCUGCAUCACAGACCUGCAGGUCGAGAAGACACUGCGAGUUCGGGGUGAUCUACACAUAGGUGGCGUCAUGCUUAAGCUAGUCGAUCCAGAAAAUCCAAAAGAUUGGUCCGAUCAUGCCUUGUGGUGGCCUGUCAGAAAUGUAUGGCUGACAAGAACCAAAUCGACGCUCGAUCAGGUUGGAUUGCACGCAGAUGCCUUACUACACUUCACACCAAUGCACAAAACGUUACGAGUUCAGAUGCCGGAUUUGAGAUACCUGGACUGUCGUGUCGAUUACUCGAUCAAAACUUUUGGCGCAGUCGUAGCUUUGUGCAAAGAUUUGGGCAUCCGGCACCCCGAAGAGCUUUCACUAUGCAAGCCGCUGGAACCUGCUCACUUGAAGAAAAAUUACGCCGAUCUACCGAAAAAGAAAUUUCCAGUUGAGCAGAAUGGCAAUGCAGCCAGGGAUUUUGUUCACCCAGCGCCCGAUACCAACACAUUUAUCCCGGCCACGGCGACAGGUUUUCAUGGAAGCAAUGGCAGCAUCGACGGACCCACAAACGGCGGACCAUUUUCAUGUGCACCGGUGCAACAUCCACUUUAUACGCCCAACAAACCAGCUUUGCAGAGCACACCGAUCAGCUCUCCCACAGGUACAUUGAGGCACAAUUACACGAACGGACACACUUCAUUUAACGAGUCAUCUUCAAGUUUGGGCGAUGCGAUCGAUAAUCUGGCGUACAGCCCGUGCGCCCCUAGUCCGGAAGCGCGAUCGCGCUUGGUUAAGCCAAAAACGCUUGUAGAACGAGCACGCAUGAACGUGGGCUGGCUGGACUCAUCAUUGUCAAUAAUGGAGCAAGGCAUUCGGGAGUUUGACACUUUGUGCCUACGGUUCAAGUACUACACAUUCUUUGACCUCAAUCCCAAAUACGAUCAAGUGCGGAUCAAUCAACUGUACGAGCAGGCUAAAUGGCAGCUUCAGAACGAAGAAAUCGAAUGUACCGAGGAAGAAAUGCUCAUGUUUGGAGCAUUGCAGUUUCAGGUGAAUCUGCAAAACGAAAUACCACAACCGGAUUCAGGAAUCGACACAUCAAGUUUAGACAAUGCGGCGGAUGACGAUGUUGAUGCAGCACUGCGCGAGCUCCAGAUUACAUUGGAAGGACCAAGUAACGGCCACAACGCUGGCGAUAUCACGCACAUACCAGAGCUAACAGAUUAUCUACGGUUUUUAAAACCCAAGAAAUUUACUUUGAAAGGGUAUAAACGCUAUUGGUUUACGUACAAAGAUCUUCAUUUACACUUGUACAAAAGCAGAGAUGAUGCCCGGUCGAACAAUCCACCGCAGGUUUCCAUCAAUCUUCGCGGUUGCGAAGUCACACCGGAAGUCAAUCUUUCACAAAACAAAUUCAACAUCAAACUAGAGGUGCCACUGGAACAAAACUCCAACAGUGAAAUGUGGAUUCGCUGCGACAGCGAAGAGCAGUACGCUAAAUGGAUGGCAGCUUGUAGAUUAGCAUCCAAAGGACGUUCGCUGGCAGACAGUUCAUACGACAGUGAAGUGUCCAGUAUCAAAUCCUUCCUGAGUAUGCAGAAGCCCGCCCAAGCGCCGGCAGUAACAAUCAACCCGAACAACAUCGAUCCGAACGAAUACUUAUCGGUUAGGUACGCGAAGAAACUGAAGAACAAAGCAGUUAUGAGGAUGCUGGAAGCACACGCCAACGUUAAGGAUCUGUCACUGGUGGAUGCUAAACUGAGCUACAUCCGGGCAUGGCAGAGCCUUCCGGAAUUUGGAGUUACCCUUUUUGUUAUCAAGUUUGAUGGACAUAAAAAGGAAGAACUGCUUGGUGUGGCCAGUAAUCGUAUCAUGAAAAUGGACAUCAAUACGGGUGAUCAUUUGAAAACCUGGCGCUAUAACACAAUGAAGGCCUGGAACGUCAACUGGGAGAUCAAGUGCAUGAUGAUCCAGUUCCAAGGGGAAAGCAUCGUGUUCUCCUCGUUGUCCGCGGACUGCAAGGUCAUACACGAGUUCAUCGGUGGCUACAUUUUCAUGUCGAUGCGAUCGAAGGAAACGAAUCAAACGCUUAACGAGGAGCUUUUCCACAAGCUUACGGGUGGCUGGAACUAAACCCCCUCUAUAAACAAAUCCAACGAGUCGUAAAAUUUGGUUUCCCUUAUUCUACAUCCUUGUAUAUAGUAUACGUUAUAGAAACACCGCUAGGAGCUUGAUCUAAUGUUUAACAAUUUAGCAAAUUUUUGUUCCAUGCAAUCUGGAAGGUAUUUUCUGAAAUCUUUUAAGGGUGAACAUAAAUUAGUGAGACAAUCAGUUGUUCAACAAGCUAAAGAUGAUGAAAAGUUUAUUUAUGGAAGACCCCGUUUUGAUGUUUUUGCAAGGGAAAAACGCACAUGUUAACACGCAAUAAUUAGGAUACACGCAAACAAAAUUUAGAACAAGCAAAUGCCAAAAGUGUCUUCUGAAAUAUGUAAAAACCAAUCAAACAUGUAGGUACUAUAGAAUUAAAUAUAAUACAUCGGUAUUGCAACUAUAUUUAUGUUACAUAUAUAAUAUGAAACGUUGUUUUAAACUUACUAGUUGAGCUACUUAAAUGUUCAGAAAUCAAAGCCAAUUUUGGCCUAGCAGUUUAACUAUGAAGGAUUUUUUUUACAUUGAAUAACUAAUGACAGUUUCAGUUUAAUAGUUCAAUAAACUGUUGCAUACCGCCGUCGGGGGUAACAAUGGAUCAAAUGGGGAUGAGAAUGGGUCACGGUUUGAAGAAUAGAUUUUAUGUAUCUGAGCGCAAGAACUCUAAAUUAUAAGAGACCUUUUUGAACCUUUUUGUUAUCCGACUAUCGGUGAGAGCAAUGACCCAUUCUCACACCCUAGACCCAUUGCCAUUCCUGAUGAUGGUACAAUGUGAAAAACUUACUUUAAAAGGAACAAUAAGUUUUUUAAGAUAACUAAAACAUAAUUGCUUUGUAACUAAUAAUUGUGUACGAUACAUGUUGAAUAAAUUGUACUAAAUCUUCUAGAAA